GCUAAAUACUCUUGGGUGACCAAUAGCGAAUUAGUACUGUGAGGGAAGGGUGAAAAGAACCCCCGUCGGGGAGUGAAAUAGAACAUGAAACCGUAAGCUCCCAAGCUGUAGGAGGAGCCAGGGCUCUAACUACGUGCUUGUUGAAGAAUGAGCCGGCCACUCAUAGGCAGUGGCUUGGUUAAGGGAACCCACCAGAGCCGUAGAGAAAGCGAGUCUUCAUAAGGCAAUUGUCACUGCUUGUGGACCAUAAGCUGGGUGACCUAUCCAUGACCAAGAUGAAGCUUGGAUUUGAAAUGACCAUGAGCUCCAUCAACUCAAGGACUACAUUAAUUGUUCCUUUUCUUCUUGAAAAGGAUAAAAAAAAUUAUGAAAAUUGGAAAUUUUACAUUAAAAAUUAUUUACUGGCUCAAGAUCUUUGGGACAUUGUUGAAUAUGGGAAUAUUCUGGAGGGAAAUUGGAGGAAAAAGAAUGCUGCAGCUCUACAUGCAAUUCUUUGUAGCUGUUCACUAGAUAUUUCUAGUCAAAUAAAGGACACGUCGGCCAAGGAUGCCUGGAAGUAUUUAGCUAAAAUGCCAGAAGAGCGGGAACCGGAAGAGGGGGAACCCCAAGAGAGGUCGAGCGGAGGAGAAGAAAUUAAUAGACCUUACUGGCUAAAGUUGACAAAGAAAAUUUACAAAGGAGAUUGGCAAGAUGUAAGAGAGUUUAUUUUUGACAAGGGUCGAAUUACAUUUCCACAAAUUACAGGAUUUGAGGAAACUGCUCUUCACGUUGCAAUCAAGGCCGAGCAAGAUAAGAUUGUCAAGGAAUUGAUAGAGAUGAUGUCAAUACCAGAACUGGAGAAAAUGGAUUGCAAUGGUCACACGGCUCUCUCCUUAGUUGCAUUUGAGGGAAGAAAAGAAUGGGCAGAAUUAUUAGUUCAAAAGAACCAAGGUUUGCUUACCAUUGCAGACAAAGUAGGCAAUAUUCCGCUUACUAGAGCAGCUAAUUAUGGCCGCGAGGAGAUGACACACUACCUCUACGAUGAAACUCUUAACUACAUCCAAACCUCUCGUCAUGACAAUAUCUUGCAACCAGGAAAAGAAGGCAAUCAUGGAUUCCAUCUCCUGCGCUCUUGUAUUGCUAACAAAAUGUUCGAUAUUUGUUGGCAUCUACUUAGAAGAUAUCCAAGUUUGGCUGUUGGCCUUGAUACGCAGGGAGUGUCUCCAAUUUUAAUGUUGUCCAGUCAACCUUCUGCAUUUUAUAGUGGAACCAGGACUGAGCUUUCAUGUUGGGAACGAUGGAUUUAUCACAACCUCGUAAAGGUAGAAUUACCAACGACAUCCACCACUCCCACCGGAGACGUACAACUUGAUGUUUUUGACCAAAGUCACGACGAAAGGAACAUUAGAAAACAAGUAUCCAUAUUUGUUGGAUUUCAUAGAUUGGGUUUAAAGGUCUAUGAGCUCACCGGAAUCAAAAAAAUUUGCGAUUUGAAGUUGAGACAUCACCUUGCAAAUGAGGUUCUUCUCAGUAUGUGUAAGUAUGUAUCAGCUUUAGAAUUGAAUCAUGAGCGUGAUGAUUUUGGAGUGGGUGCUGCACUCUUUGAAGCUACCAAGCACGGAGUGGAAGAAUUUGUCACUGAACUAUGCAAAGCCAACCCAUCAUUUGGUUUCAAAACUAAUAUUGAUGGAAGACUCUUUUUCAUGGUCGCAGUCCAACAUCGUCAAGAAAAAGUUUUCAACCUCAUUUAUGGCGUUAAUCAGGCAUGGAAUGCUGGACAUAUCAACAAAAAAGAUAUAGAUGGCAACAAUAUUCUACAUAUUGCAGGGGGGUUGGCUCCUGAUUUUGAACGUGCUGGAAUCUCUAGUAGCCCAGCAUUACAGAUACAGAGAGAAUUACAGUGGUUUAAGGCGGUGGAAAGCAUUGUUCCAGAAUGGUGCAAGGAAGCUAAAAAUAAUAAUGAUCAAACCCCUAAGGAUGUAUUUACCAAGAGCCACAAGGAAUUAGUGAAAGAGGGGCAGAAAUGGAUGGCAGACACAGCAAGUUCUUUUAUUAUUCUCAGUAUUCUCCUUGUUACUGUCACGUUUGCUGUUUCUUUUACUGUCCCAGGAGGCAACAAUCAGACUACUGGGUUUAACGUUUUUGGGAAUCCUAACGUCCCGCAAAGAUGAAGAAGAUUUUUAUGUGUCCUUACCCCGAAUGUUGAUGAUCGGCCUUAUCACUCUUUUUGUUUCUAUUGCAACAAUAAUGGCCGGCUUUUGUGCUGCUCUUUUGAUUACGCUACAAGUUCACUUGUGGGAGCAAAUUAUCAUAAUUUUGGGCUCUAUUAUUCCAAUUGUGGUUUUUGGAUGGUUGCAGUUUCCCCUUAUUUGUGAAAUUAUUGUCUCAACACAUUGGGGAAUCUUUAACAGGAAAAUGAAGCCUUGGCUGGUCAAUUCACAAGAACAUUGAUUUAUCUUUUGUGACAGUUUCCCCUCUAGGUUGAAAUUCUAUAGCUUGUUUGGCUAAUCAGUUGUGUUGGGACUCCCAAUUUUUAUAUUUUAUUUUGCUGUAUUUUAACAUUUCUUGAUUUUUAUGAGACUGAUCUGAAUAUAUGUACCCUUUCCUA